AUGUGUAUCUCUGACGUUUCAACAGGAAAGCACACCCGGUCUUCAGAGGUCCUAUGGGAAUCGGCGUUUAGACAGAGUCGAUGGUUCACCAGAGGCUGGACACUACAAGAGAUUCUUGCUCCGCGAUCGGUCGAGUUUUUCUCCCGAGACGGCAAGCGACUUGGUGAUAAAGAGUCGUUAGAACAGCAAAUUCAUAAGAUCACUGGGAUUGCAAUUGACGCACUUCGAGGACAUGUGUCUCAAUUCAGCGACAAUGAGCGAAUGUCAUGGGCAGAAAAGCGAGAGACCACGAAGGAAGAGGAUCAAGCAUAUUGCCUCAUGGGAAUCUUUGACGUCUCCCUACCAGUCACCUAUGGCGAGAGGAAAAGAAAAGCACUCGAACGGCUUCGAGAGGCGAUCGAUAAGCGUUCAGGCAAUAUGCGAGUGGAAUGGAACGACAAGGAACUAGAAUGUAUGCAAGCCCUGCGUAAUUCAGCUUCCGACUACGAGCAGUUCAAAGACAGGAACGAUAGCCGACUUAGAGAUACCUGCCGAUGGGUUCUCCGUCAUGACAAUUUCCGAAACUGGAAAGACAGCAGCUCCUCAAGUCUUCUUUGGAUAUCUGCGGAUCCUGGAUGCGGAAAAUCUGUUUUCUCAAAAUCUCUUGCCGACGACCUCAAACACACGGACGGUCACACAACUUGUUACUUCUUCUUCAAAGACGACGACGACGUACAGAAAAGUGCAGUUACAGCGCUUGCGGCACUACUCCACCAGUUCUUUCGGCAGAAACCAGCACUUAUCAAACACGCUAUGUUGGAUUUCACCGCUAAUGGAGAUAAACUUUCUCAAUCAUUUCAUAUACUCUGGAGUAUUCUAAUAAAGAUAGUGGCUGAUCGGAAUGCCGGAGAAGUCUUUUGUGUCUUAGAUGCCCUCGACGAAUGCGCAGAAGCAGGGCAGUAUCAGAUUAUUAACGCUCUCAGUUCAUUCUACCAGCAAGCAAGCUCUAGAAACAAUACAUCUCGACUUAAAAUAUGUAUCACUAGUCGUCCUUACCCAGACAUCGAACGGCGCUUUACUGAUCUUACUUCUAACUUUCCUACGAUUCGGCUACACGGUGAGCAGGAAUCAGAUGAAAUCAGUCGUGAGAUCGACCUAGUCAUCAAAUGGAGAUCAAAUCUCGAAACAGAGCUGUUAAAGAUGAACCACCGAACAUACCUCUGGUUAACACUCAUUUUCGAUAUCAUUCGCAAAAUGAUUCGACCGACAAGUCGGAAACUGAAGGCAGUUAUUAGUGACCUUCCGUCUACAGUUAAUGAAGCAUACGAAGCGAUUCUUGCAAAAAUCGAGGAUGAUCGACCACAAGCACGGAAAUUGUUCUCCAUCGUUGUUGGAGCAACCAGGCCUCUUACGCUGAGGGAAAUGAACAUCGCUCUAGCUAUAGAAGACCGUCAUCGCUCCUAUAACGACCUUGAACCUGAUCUUGACUAUGAAGAGAGGUUUAAAGCGUCGGUGAGACACCUCUGCGGGCUCUUUGUGACUGUUGUGGAUCAAAAGGUCUAUCUGAUCCAUCAGACUGCAAAAGAAUUCCUUCUCGCGAAAAGUGAGGCCGCUACUAUUGGAUGGAAACAUUCUC